AAAGUUAUUUGUUGCCGCCGGAAGUCUAAGGGAUAAAGCGCUGCCGGGUGAUGGCAGCUGAGGAAGAGGCUGGGGAGGUGGGUGGCGGGCUUUGCCGAGGGCUUGGGGAUAAAGGUGUCUGCGGCUAGACGUUUGGCCCACACUUACAGGCGAUGCCGGGGAGGGAGGCGCACGAACCGUGGGAUCCGGCGGCAGUGAGGGGAAUCGGCCCCGGCCGCCCCGCCUCUAGCCCGUCCUCUCCGCGGCAGGUGCCGGUGGGCAGCGCGGAGGAGGGGGAGCGGCCCCUCGCAGGGGUUGCGGUUCUGGCCGCCCAGAAGCGUGAACAGAGGCUGCGCAAGUUCCGGGAGCUGCACCUGAAGCGGAAUGAAGCUCGAAAGUUAAACCACCAGGAAGUUGUGGAGGAAGAUAAAAGACUUAAAUUACCUGCAAACUGGGAGGCUAAAAAAGCUCGUCUGGAAUGGGAGCUGCAGGAAGAAGAAAAGAAAAAAGAAUGUGCGGCAAGAGGGGAGGACUAUGAGAAAGUGAAGCUGCUGGAGAUCAGUGCAGAAGAUGCAGAAAGAUGGGAGAGGAAGAAGAGGAGGAAAAACCCCGACCUGGGGUUCUCAGAUUAUGCUGCCGCCCAGUUACGCCAGUAUCAUCGGCUGACCAAGCAGAUCAAACCUAACAUGGAAACUUAUGAAAGACUGAGAGAAAAACAUGGAGAGGAGUUCUACCCAACAUCCAACAGUCUUCUUCAUGGAACCCAUGUGCCCUCCACAGAGGAAAUUGAUAGGAUGGUCAUAGACUUGGAAAAGCAAAUUGAAAAACGAGACAAGUAUAGCCGGAGACGUCCUUAUAAUGAUGAUGCAGACAUCGACUACAUUAAUGAAAGGAAUGCCAAAUUCAACAAGAAAGCAGAAAGGUUCUAUGGGAAAUAUACAGCUGAAAUUAAACAGAAUUUGGAGAGGGGAACAGCAGUCUAAUCUCCUUUGGGAACUCUUUUGACUGCCAAAUUCUAACAGUAAACCAGGACUAUUACCUUUUCUUUUAUAACUUGUUAAGUGUUCUAUGACUAUGUAUUUUCAUGCUUAUAUAUUUAUUAUUCACUCAUUUCAGAGACAAAAUCUUAUGUAUUUUUGUUCAGUGUGUGCACUUCAUGUGUGUACCCUAGUGGGCUUAACACUACUAGCUACAAACAUAUGUCAUCAUCCUUACAUUUAUCAUGGUUUUUUUUUUUAAGAUUUUAUUUGUCAGAGAGAGUGAGCACAGGCAGACAGAGUGGCAGGCAGAGGCAAAGGAAGAAGCAGGCUCCCCACUGAGCAAGGAGCCCGAUGUGGGACUCGACCCCAGGACACUGGGGUCAUGACCUGAGCUGAAGGCAGCUGUGUAACCAACUGAGCUACCCAGGUGUCAUGUUUGCCUUGAACUAGAGUUGAACUUGGGAGCUUCAGAGAUAGAAUGCUAAACUGGGACUAAUUUUUCUUGUAUGCUAUGGUGGGUGGAGAGAGGAAGGGGUUAGUGGCUACUGGAAAUUCCCCCUGGCCCUCCCUCUCCAUAAGUAGUGCUAGCCUAUCCCAUGCUCUAGCCCAGGGCCCAGGUACAUUUAUGGGGCUGGCACAGAAAGUAGGAAAACUGAUCCUCUAAUGACAUUUUGUAUAUACACCAUUUUUAAAAGCAAAUUUCCCUCGGAAGAAAGUAAAUUAAAACAUUUGGUCAAAGUAUUAUUAAAACUUACAUAAUACAAACUUUUUAAAAAAAAAAACCUAAUUGAAAUUUUAACCUCAUUUCAACUGUAACUGAAAAAUGAGGGCAUGUAGUUUGAAUAGUAGUUAUGGGAAAUAUAGGGCAAAAACCUGAAAGUCAGGAGUAUCCCAUAAAAGUAAAGGUUAUUUGUGCCAUUUUAUAUGAAAAGAGUAGGACUGGUAUCCGUUAAGUUGGGCACACCAGUAGCUCUGAUUUUGUGAAUGACGGACGGAUUAAGAUGGUAAUGUGCUAUUAAUGAUUCAAUAUACUAUGAAUAAGGAAACUUUUAAUGUUGUACAUUCACAUGCAGAAUGAGGUAGAGCUAUACAUACUAACAUGAAAAGAUGCUCAUACCCAAGCAGUUUGUGUGAGGCAUUAAAAAAAAUCCAGCAUGUACUUCAUACUAUGAUUGCCUCUGUGGAAUGGAAACAGAAGCAGUAAUUUUAGUUAGACUUCCUUUUAGGGGAUUUUUUUUUUUAAGAUUUUAUUUAUCUAUUUGACAGACAGAGAUCACAGUAGGCAGAGAAGCAGGCAGAGAGAGGAGGAAGCAGACUACCCGCUGAGCAGAGAGCCAGAUGUGGGGCUCGAUCCCAGGACCCUGGAUCAUGACCUGAGCUGAAGGCAGAGGCUUUAACCCACUGAGCCACCCAGGUGCCCCUAGACUUCCUUUUAAAAAUAAUUCAAGGGCAGGCCCCUAAGGGGCCCAGUCUGUUAAGCAUCUGCCUUCACCUGAGGUCAUGAUCCUAGGGUCCUGGACUGAGCCCAGCAUCAGGUUCCUCGCUCAGUCAGAGCCUGCCUCUCCCCUUGCUUGCACACACACUCUCGCUGACAAAAUCUUUAAAAAGAACAAAUGUGUAACUCCCUUAAAAAUAAUUCAAGGGACACCAGGAAAUUAGGCAUCUGCCUUGGGCUCAGGUCAUGAUCCUAGGCUCCUGGAAUCGAGUGCCAUGUCGGGCUCAUUGUCGCUACUCAGCAAAGAGCCUGCUUCUUUCUCUGCCUGUUGCCCCCUGCUUGUGCUCUGACAAAUAAAAACCUUAAAAAAAUAA